AUAAAAUAAAACUCAAAAAAUAAAAAGGGCCGGCUUUUACCCGUCGAGAGGCGGUGCUGAUCAUGUCGGGGCAACAAAUACAAAACUCAAUUUUUUCUGGGCUGAAAAAAUGACGGCCUGCUUCUUUCUAAAUCUGUCACUCUCUUCUUCUUCAUCUACUGCGUUUGCAUCUCACAGAAACUACCAAUCACCAGCUUCCUUCCCUCCACUUCUCACUCUAAUCCCAACCCAAUUCUCCCAUCUUCGGACCCCUCGAUCCUCUCGCCAAAUCAGAGCCGCAUCAGCCGCCAUGGAAGCCACCCAGCAGAGCGUGACCACCGCAUCAGCGUCGCCCAUGAAGCUCUUGUUCGUGGAGAUGGGCGUCGGCUACGACCAACACGGGCAGGACGUUACGUCUGCGGCAAUGCGGGCCUGCAGAGAUGCCAUCACUUCCAAUUCAAUCCCUGCGUUUCGAAGAGGGUCAAUUCCUGGUGUGACAUUUGAGCAGAUGAAGCUAGAGAUCAAGCUGGGAGUGCCUCGUGUACUCCAACCAUCGCUGGAUGUCGAGAAGGUCAAAUCAGUCUUUCCUUAUGGAGAAAUUGUGAAAGUUGAAGUUGUGGAUGGUGGACUGAUAUGCUCGAGUGGCGUGUUGGUGGAAGAAAUGGGAGAUAAGACUGACGACUGUUACAUAGUGAAUGCAGCAGUUUACAUUGGUUACUAGCUUCUUUUUUCCUCCAAAUCCCUUACCGGAGUGUUUUUAAGUGUCUUCGCCUGUGAGAGGACAAGCAGUAUCCAUCAACAUAUCUUUGAUUUUCUGUACCAAGAGCUGUCUUCCUGUCAUUUUUGUGGCUGAUGAUUGUACAGCGAGUCCCCGAAUGCUUGGUCUUUUAUGCUUAUUAAUAAGUGGAAUUGAAGAUACAUGAUGCUACCGACGAUUUCUUCACAAAAUCCUAAAUUUGUGUUCAUAUU